AUGCAGUUUGGUAAAUCUAGUGAAACAAAAAUUGAAUUCAAUCUUGGUGAAAAGGAAACGCUGCAGGAAGUGAACCAAGGCGUUCAGGGAAUGGAAUAUCUUAAUUCAGGAACCUCCACUGGUGAUGCGUUACGCAGAAGCAGAGAAGAGGUAAGGUUUUCACGUCAACUUUUACAACAUUAUUUUAUGUAUUUGCGAAGCUGUAUUAGACCGUUUCUGUCUACUAUAGCUUCUCUUUAACAUGACUUCUUAUAAUGCUGGUUUCUAAAUAGGAUAUUACAUGAAACAUCUUUCAGCACCUAAGCAGAUUAAUAAUACACUUUAGUCAAAAACUGCGAGCUCUUCCUGCAAUACCAAACGAAAAUCCAUCCUAUAUAGGAUACACUUUAAUUAAUAGACAAGAAAUUGUGCAUAAGAUCUCAACCUCGUACCAGGGUCUUACCUAUGUAAAAGACCCUGGUUGGGGCUGGUCACGUGAAUUUACAAAAAUAUAUUGGCUAAGGGGGGAGGGCAGAGUUUCAAAUUGCAUGCUUCCACAAAAAACGUUACACUUCCAUUACAAGGAGUGGAUCAGAGUGAUCUAAAUUAUAUUUCGUCAUUUUUUCGAUGCAUGGUUUGAAAUGCCUGUUAAUUUUUGUGUUUUUCUAUUUGCUUUUUAAUUACAAUUUAAAACAUUUUAAAAUUUUGUCAACAGUCAAGUCAACAAUUAAAGCUAGAAAAUCGCAUGCUUUGAAGAUGUUUCGUAUCAAAUCGGUCACUAGAGGUCAGUUGACAGUUGUUCUAAAUACUGUUUUUAUAUUUCUAAUGUUUCUAUAAAAAAAAUGCCAUAAGAUUUGCUAAUUGUUGUUUGCAAAUGUUGAUAGGCUUUGAACCGAUUUACUUGAAACUGUACGCGUCUUACUUUGUUGAAGGAAUGAAGGCUGAUAAUUUUCAAAAGUAACUAUAUCACAAGUAUGUAAGCCAAUGGCAAUAUCAAUGUGAAACAUUUGGCCUCUAGCUAAACAGAUAGAAUGUCUACUUUAGGUAAUAAAAGGUAAUAAUCUUUAGGUAAUAAUCUGUGAUUUAUCUUUGAAUGUAGUUCAUCCGCGCGUCAUCGUUUUUAUUGAAAACUUUAGGAGAGUGAGUAUAGACUAUAGUAUAGGUAGUAAAGUACAAAAAUUCUCAGGUGAAUGUAAUAAUCCUCUGCCUCGGGCAACACACAUGCAUGCGCUGUCCUUUUUGGGGCAGUUAAUAUAUAGCCUCCAUGCAUGAAUCAAGCAAAAGAAUAACCAGGGCAUUUUUUAACUACCUUAUUAUAGGAAAUUAACGAUGCACUUUAUUAACCCGGAUUUUAAAAAUUCGCGUUAAUUUAAUUAAUGUUAAUUUAUGUGAUCGUUAAUUUUAAGUAUGUAAUUUUCAUUUAUCGUUAGUUAAAAAUACCUAGAUUUGUUUUAUAUAACACUAACUCUUUUAAUAUCAAAAUACAGCAUAUUAACGUAAACUAAAAACAUCAGUGCUCCUCUUAACAUUAAACCCUUGUUAUUGUUGUGUCUAUAUUUUCCGAUUCGCGUUAAUUUAAUUAAUUUGUCAACCAUGGAGAUCAGAAUCGCGUUAAUAUAAUCAUGUUUUAAAAGACCAAGAAGCAAUCCGAGUUAAUUUGAUGUCGCGUUAAUUUAUGUCGCGUUAAUAAAGUGCAUCGUUAAUUUCCUAUAAUAAGGUAUAUAAUAACUACUGGGGCAUUUACCGCAGUGGGCCUUUGUUUGCCCCAGUAGCGAAGCAAGAUUCUCAGAUGAACUGGGCCCUUUUGCAUGAUCAUUAGUAAAAAGUAAACCUUGUUGAAAAGGCCGCAUCUGCCUGCUUUCUCGUAUCCUCUCACAUUCUCGAAAUUCCAUCUUAUAAAAGUCAGAACACUCAACGGUGGUGCUAAACGGGUGGGUGGUGGAUGGGUGUGGGUGUUGGAACACCUCCAAUCAUCAGGUAGUCGGCAAAUUAUCUAACUGAUCCAAGUUGGAUAGGAAGGAAAGAAACUAAAAUAUUUGAGUGACACUGAUCAAAAACUAAUAUUUAUUACAAAUUUCACCAUUAACACUUUGUUUGGAAAAUAUUAGUCCAACAAAAGAGGAAUAAAAGGAGAAUCACACAAUGAAGUGGGCACAGUGGCGGCGGAACAGGGGGGCUAGGGGGACUAAAGCCCCCCCCCCCAGAAGUAAAAGUGGGGGGCUUAGCCCCCCAGAAAAUUUUGUUUUUUCUGGAAACAUUUUGAUAAUUAAGGAAAAAUUUAGGGUAGUUUUGGAAAAUUUAGGUAUAAGGGGAAAAAUUUGCAAUAUUUUGUUUAAUUAAAAAAUGUGUAUGUUCGGAAAAUUUUUUUGUUAUAGGUCCUGAAAAAUUUUUUUCGCGCCUUUUUUGUAUGUGUCCAGAGGGGGGGGGGGGAGAAAAUUUUAAUCCCCCAAAAAAAUUUGCCCCCCCCCAAAAAAUAAAAUAUGUUCCGCCGCCCCUGAGUCAAUUUCAUUUUGCAGUUGUGCCAAUAGAAGCGUUCCGAAAAAUGUUGAUCAGUUCAUUUCCUAACUUCGAGGAGUUCCCCUCAAUAAUUUGAUAAGUUCCUUAAAAGGUUCCUAACUUCCUGUUUCAUUGACCAAUCAGAUUGCUCAAAAAUAAGAUAUAAAAUUUGAUUGGUCAAUGAAACAGGAAGUUAGGAACUUUUUAAGGAACGUAUCAAAUUAUUGAGGGGAACUCCUCGAAGUUAGAAAAUGAACUGGUAAACAUUUUUCGGAACGCUUCUAUUGGAACGACUGUAAAAUGAAAUUGAACUGCUCGAGAUUACAAUAUAUUUUUAGUAACGAUAAAAGUGUGCUAAUAGGCGUGCCUUUGCAUUGUUUAUUUUUACAUUUGACAGCAUCGGCAUGUUCCCUUGCCACUCCUCCCUGAGUGUUUUUAAAUUAAAACGCUAAUUGAAAACACCCCAGAUUUUGGGGUGUCACGUGACCAGCCCCAACGAAGGUCGUUCCGCAGCGGGAGGGCGAGCGAAGGUAAGAGCCUGGGUACAAGGUUGAUAAGAUCUCUGUGCUUAAGAUCUCCGAUUACUAACUAAUUUAAUUGAGCUGCUUAAUAGCCUUGGUAAAAAUGUCUAGGUAUAGUGGUGGAUUGAAAAGUGCUUCGCCCAAUUUUACAGAAUGUUUACAUCACGCUCAAUUCAAUUCAAGCUGAAAACGUGCAUGUUCCGAUCGAAACAUGCAUGUCAAUGCUUUGAAAUGGUGCAUGACUCCCCCGGACGAUAAGUCUUUGCUAGUUCUCACAUUAGGAUUGAAAUAUUACAUAAAUCAUAACAAUACAUGUAUGUCAAACUAAUAUGUCAUAAACCUAAGCAAUAUAUACAGUAUGAUUAAAGAUAUGCAACAUGCAGAUCGAUUUCAAGGAAAGAGUAGAGUUAGGAAAAAGCAAUUAUGUAUACAUACAUAGAGAUGUACAUACCAUUAUUCAGCUCACUCUUCAUCAAGACUUUUGAGUGACAGAUUAUAUAUCAAGUAUUACACUGACUUACUUAAUAUAUUACUUCACCUAUUUAGCCUAGAAUAUUUAUAGGUACUGUACAACAAUGAUUGCGACAGUACUUUCAUUACUAUGUUUACCCUGUCAACUUUCCUUGUGGGUGGAAACUGGAGCGCCCAGAGAAAACCCGCGACUUUCGGCAGAGCGUUGAACUCUUUUCACACGAUUCUGAAGCGAGAAUCUACCCCGCGAUUUUCGAAGUGAAAGCCUUGCUCAUCAUCAUACAAUGAAAUUCUAUUUUAAUAUUCACAGAUUUUCAAUGGGGAAGGCAUUGAUCGCAUUGAUGCUCCCAACGUCCUUCUGCUGUUCACCGAUGGGCAAGCUACGGAUAAACAAGGAAAACAAGUUGAACAAGCAAAAAAGCUGAAAGACGAUGGAGUGAAAGUUAUUACCGUGGGAAUGGGAGAAAGAGAAACAAUUGACAACUUUCGUGAAAAAUUGAGAGAAAUGGCAAGCAGAGAUAGUGAUAGUGCUGCACCUUUGAUGUUUGAAACAGCUUUUGAAUAUUUAGAUUUGAUUGCCAAUAAUCUUGUCGAGGAAGCAUGUGAUACUUCGGCAGCCGGCUGA